AUGGAUGCUCAUCAGAGGAGCCGGGUUGAAGAUUACAGCGACGGGGGAACGCGCAGCGACAACGCAGACAAGAACCGGAAGCAUCGGCCUUCUCGAGGAAGUUAUCAGAGCUCCGAUGAUCAUCAACAGCAGCAUCAGUCUCAAGAAAGUUUGAUUAGUUUUAAUAAUGUUGAACAAAAGCAUCGACCUAAGGAAAGUUAUCAGAGUUCCAACCAUCUUCAACAACAGCAUCAGUCUCGAGAAAGUGAUCAGAGUUCCGACCAUCUUCAACAACAACAUCAGUCUCGAGAAAGUUACCUGAGUUCUGAUCAUCUUGAACAAAAGCAUCGGCCUAAGGAAAGUUACCAGAGUUCCCACCAUCUUCAACAACAGCAUCAGUCUCGGGAAAGUUAUCAGAGUUCUGAUAAUCUUCAACAAAAGCAUCAACCUAAGGAAAAAAGUUACCAGAAUUCUGAUCAUCUUCAACAAAAGCAUCAACCUAAGGGAAGUUAUCAAAGUUCUGAUAAUCUUAAACAACAGUAUCAGUCUCAAGAAAGUUAUCAGAAUUCCGUUCAACAACAGCAUCCGCCUCAAAAAAGUGAUCAGAGUUCUACUCAACAAAAGCAUCCGCCUCAAGAAAGUUUUCGGAGUUCCGAUCAUCUUCAACAAUGGAACCAGGCUCCUCAGGAAAACGAUCAGAGUUCUAAUCAUCUUCAACAACAGCAUCAGCCUCGAGAAAGUUAUCAGAGUUCUGAUCAUCUUCAACAACAGCAUCAGACUCAAGAAAGUUAUCAGAGUUCGGAUAAUCUUCAACAAAAGCAUCUACCUAAGGAGAGUUAUCAGCGUUCCGAUCAUCUUCAACAAGAUCAUAGGCAUCAGCCUCAGGAAAGUUAUCAGAGUUCCGAUAAUCUUCAACAACAGCAUCAGCCUCGGGAAAGUUAUCAGAGUUCUGAUCAUCUUCAACAACAGCAUCAACCUUGGGAAAGUUAUCAGAGUUCUGAUCAUCUUCAACAACAGCAUAGGCCUGAGGAAAGUUAUCAGAGUUCUGAUCAUCUUCAACAACAGCAUCAACCUAAGGAAAGUUAUCAGAGUUCCGACCAUCUUCAACAACAACAUCAGUCUCAAGAAAGUUACCAGAAUUCUGAUCAUCUUCAACAAAAGCAUCAACCCAAGGACAGUUAUCAAAGUUCUGAUAAUCUUCAACAAAAACAUCGACCUAAGGAAAGUUGUCAAAAUUCUGAUCUACAAGAACAAUAUCAGUCUCAAGAAAGUUAUCAGAAUUCCGUUCAACAACAGCAUCCACCUCAAAAAAGUGAUCAGAGUUCUAAUCAACAAAAGCAUCCGCCUCAAGAAAGUUUUCGGAGUUCCGAUCAUCUUCAACAAUGGAACCAGGAUCCUCAGGAAAACGAUCAGAGUUCUAAUCAUCUUCAACAACAGCAUCAGCCCCGAGAAAGGUAUCAGGGUUCUGAUCAUCUUCAGCGUCAGCAUAUUCCUCAAGAAAGUUAUCAGGGUUUUGAUGGUUCAACUGAAGCAUUGGACAAAAAUGUUCCUGUAAGAAGAGCUAAACGUAAAACAAAGUCUGCAUGUUGUUGCCAGUGAUAGAGCACUUACAUUGUCUUCGGAUGCAAGGUGAAA